AUGCCUAUUCACACGUCGCCGUUUCCCACAACCCACGAUACGAUCGGCACGUCAACUUUGAGCUAUCCAGUUCAGGUACCGUCUUCACCUCCGACGCUUCAGCUGCAUCGGGACUCAGACAAUGAUCGUACAAGUCCCAGCGGAGAAAAUAAUCAGCUGACGGCAGCUGGGUCGAAUGGCAUCGCUACGUUGGAUAUUGACAAGCGCCUGUCACAAUACACAAUCGACUGGAACAAGUUUCCUGGAGGGAGUAAAGACAAGAUUGAGGACGUUUUUGAAGACGAGGACCAGGGACCAGAGUUUGGCGGACCCGAAGAUUUCACGUUGAAUUUGGAGAAAUACUUGAACGGGAUGACGUCUCCAGUGGACAGAAAGCACCGUGAGGAUGACCCCGACUCUGAAGAGGAAGUGCUCCCAGACUAUUCACCAUCACCAUCCCCGCGGCCGCGACAUCACCAUAGUCAAGUGGAAGGCGAGGAAAGUGAAUUUGGGCCUCCGGUGGACAUGUCCACGCCUUCGCACUUGAUGCGGAGAAAGAAUUAUGGAUCGGGCAAGGAGGAGACACGCUUGGAAGAUAUAGAAGAGAGCGUCUUUAGUUCGCCUGAGAAAGGGGAUAGCCCUUCCAAGCACGACAAGGAGGGCGGUAUGGAGGAAAGCCGGACGUUUACGACAGUGCUUCGCGAGAUUGAAGAUUUGCACGAGCAGCGACGAGACCGAGACGAGAAGAUUCGAGAGAAUGAGAAGCAGCUGGCAUCUGCUCGCGAAGAAAUUGAGAAUCUCCGGGCCGAACUACAGCUCAAAGAUUCCUUGUUAUCAGAGGCCAAUAACCGGCGGGCCGAGGAAGACGCGCUACGAGAGCAACUCAAAAUACUGAAACAGAAGGCCGACGAGGAGGCUGCUAGUAAUGAGGAUGAUGCAAAAGAGAUCAUGAAGCUGCAAGAGGAACUGAAGGACGCGCGAGAGGAGAUCAGUAAACGAGACGAAGCUUUGGAAGACAGUAAUAGUGAGCUCCAAUUGCGCCAAAAGAAUACAGAGAUUGACGAUCUCAAAGCGCAAAUCGAUGAGAAGGAACUACAAUCUGCAGAUGCUGACGAAGAAUUAGCGGACAUGCAGCGGCAGUAUGAUACUUUGAAAGAUAGGAUCGAGUCUUUGGAGACGCGCAACAGUCCUCUUGAAGAGAAGAACAUCCUACUCGAAAAAGAGUUGGCCAAGGUCAGAUCAGAGGUGGCCCUGCAGAGAAACGCAGUCUUGACUUUGGCGGUUGAUCUGUCUAUUGAGAUCGAAGGCAAGGAUUAUGCCGAGGUCAUUCGCAUUCUCCAACAACAAUUGAAGGAAAUGAAGAAAUCUAGCCAAGAUAAAGGAAAAUCGACCCAAAUAGAAGAAGAGCUUCAAAGCAAGCUAAGUGAAGCGCAAUCCGUCCUUCAACGGUCUGCCACCGAAAAAGAAGUUGCCGAGACAGAAUGGAAACGAUCGAAAGACCUGCUUGCUGAAACCCGCAGUCUCAUUACAACAAUUGAAGGAGAAAACAUUCGUCUGAUAGCUCGGAUACAAGAACUGAACUCCAACCUCACCAAAGCGCGUGAAGAAAUAGAUCGUCUGAAAGAACAACAUCGACACGAACUAGCAUCCAUCAACAGCGUUCGCCAGCUACCAGUCCAAGCCAGCAUCACUAGUUCAGAAACACAAGCCCUACGUGAAGCGCACCAACUCGAAAUCCAAAACUUGCGCGAAAUCAACAACAAUUCCAUCAACGACCUCCGCACAUCCUACAACGACAGCAUCCAACACCUUCGCAGCAUGCUCUCAACCUCGGAAAAGCGUGCAACCGAGCUGCACAACCAACUAUCAACAUCUCAAUCGACGAUAUCCACGCAAUCCAAUGAAAUCGCAGCCCUCAAAUCCAAAGUGCAGCAAUUACAAUCCACUUUGUCCUUGAAAGAAGAAACAUCCGCUGAAAUGGAUAAGAUGCUUGCCAAGUCUAUUGAAAAGCGUGAACGGGAAUGGGAGCGGAGGACGGAGUUGUUGCUUCGCGAGAGGGAUAAGAUGGGUAAAGCGUUGAUGUGGGCAUGGGGUGAGAAAGAGGUUGGUAAGACUUCUUCUGAUCGUGCCGAUCGUGCGAAGAAGCCUGAGGGGUCUGCUUCUGCAGCAGCAGCGACUGGAGACAUGUCUGCUACAGAGGAGAAGAGUACCGGUAACCCUCGACAGGGGUAUCGGUACAAGUACGUUGUGCGAUUAUAA